AUGGGAGCCACUGGGCUUGGCCUUGGGCUUUCCUGGAGACAAGACCAUUUGAAAGUCACGGACUGCCAGGGGGCCAACAUUUUAUUUUUCUCUGGGAUUGUAGUGAGCAUGGGUUCUGAAAUUUCCUUGCACAGAGUUUAUGGUGCCAGGAGGAGUAAAGAACUUAAAAACUCAUUUCUCUGGCAUGGGAAGGUUGCCUCUAUUUCACUUCCACUUCCUGAAAGUAUCGUCUGGAUUAAUACACCCUGAAUUUCAGAGAUUUUCCAUGGCUACCACCAGCAGGUGCACGGAGCCCACACACUGAUUUCACAAACCAGCUGUCUGAGGAGCAGGGUCUCCUCACAGUGCCUCGGACAGAGCUUCCUUCUCCUCAGGACACACCCAGGAGAGGCCAUGUUUUCAGGGUAUGGGGAAAAGGUGUCUGGUGGAACCGCCCUUGUGUAG